AUGACAUCUUUAUAUUGGUAUUUUUGCCCAUUUCUCCUCAUUGACUUGGUGACCAUGACAUUGAGCACUGAGACAGCGCAGAAUGAAGCCAAGGAAAUCUUCAGUGAUAAAGCCAUUAUCCCUCCCAGGCCAGAGGCAUCCAUACAUCAACACAGUCAUCACAGGAAGCACAGAGGUCAAAAGGAGAGGAUGGUAGCAGGUCAGCUUAGAAAGAGGCCUCACAUUACUGUGAUCCACACCCAAAAUGAAGGGCCAGAGCUGGAGGGUCUCAGUCCCGUCCGCUUAGAGAUGGAGCCAAAAGAUAAAAGACGAGUGAUGAGUCUGAGAAAGAGGACCUUCAUGGGGUUUGAUUCCUUAAUUCCAGAGCAAAUGAAUAUCUCCCCUGGUGCUGAGAUCCCAGAGAAGGUAAUGAGACAUCCCACUGGUCACAAGAGUCUUCAUAAUAAAGAGCCUGUAUUCCUUGCAGGCACUAUUGGCUCCUUCAUAUCCCCAGUAGCUGCUGCUGUCAGUGGGAAACCCUUCACACAGCCAACCCCCACCAGUAAACCACAGGUCAGAAGUAAUUCAGGUGGGGAUGUGACAUCCACUUUAAACAUGGCAUUCUUUGACUGGACUGAUUAUGGAGAUAUGAGGCAUACACACAAACAGCAAUCUUUUAAGAAGAGAGCUAAGUGGAAUCCAUGCUCUGACAUCCAGCCCACAAAGAGCACCAGCAGUGGAAAUGUGACACUUUCACCAGAUGAGAACUGCAAACAUCACCUGGAUUGUCUGCCAGGUUCCUGCUGCAAUCUCAGAAAUCAUGUAUGUGAGCUUCACAACCGUGGCCUCAAUAACAAGUGCUACGACAACUGCAUGUGUGAAGAAGGGCUUCGGUGUUAUGCUAAAUUACACAGGCAUUACCGCAUCACUCGCAAAAAAGGACAGUGUAUUGAUCCUGAGGGUGUAAAAUUAAACCAUGGCAUGUUCAUUAUUGUAUAAUUAUGGCAGAACAAUUUGUUAUAUUUUACUCUGACAAGGCUUUCCAAAGGCAUGUGAUUGCAUUUUGCAUUAUGUUUGCAAAUUUUUAUUUAAAUUUGUAUCCAUGUGUUUGUUGCUUUCUUGUAUAUAAUUGUUUCCUAAAUUUGCAAAUCGACAACAAUAAUUGGGGAAUAAAUAAUACCGACUGCGUAUUUGCAAGGGUUUUAUGUAAACAGAUGAUGUAAACUUGCAUGGCCAAUGAUUUCAGAUGAAUGAAGAUUGAGCUACAGUGUUACUGUUAUAUGUGUGUUAUGAAGGUUAAGUUACAGUGAUGUGUCAUUAUGGACUUUCAAAAUUUUUAACCAAUGUAUUGUAAAAUUAUUGCAUGCAGUACCGAUAAUUACAUUUAAGUCUUCCACUAAUGUCUCUGUGUUUGUCACACUUAUGUAUUAAACAUGUGCUGCAUUGAUCUAUUGUUAUUAUCACAAUGGAACAUUAGCACUGUGUAAAUAAGGGGACAUGAGCAUGCAAAGACAGUCAUUUACUGAGAAUGUUUUGGCUUAAACUAUGUCCCCAACCUCCAAGCAGACGAGCAGCACUGGAGUGAACACACAAAGAAGAACACAUGGAACAUCUCCAUCUCACAUUAUUAAACCAUUAAAUCUUGCUUUUGGCUCCAAUCUGAAAUGACUCAAAAGAGGUUUUGUGCUUAGCUGAAAUAAUGCUUUACAUCAUGCCCAUUCAGAGCCAUUGGUUUGUUAUUAUAGGAGAAAUAUUGUGCCACUGCAUCAGUGCUCUGCUCAUCUGACAUUGGCAGAAUGUUGUUUAGUGUUCUGCUUUGAAUGAGACUCACCAGUUUACAUCCCACAUAAUCCAGCUGUAGAUUUUACAAACUGUAGAUCCUACAUUAAAUUACAAUGUCCAACCAUUAAUUUUUAUAAUCUUAAUGCCUUAUAAAUUAAUAAUCAAAGUGCUUUUUGUCAUAUUUGUAUGUAAUCAGAGUAUGUUAGCAAUAUGAGUUAGAAAUGCAUUUUUGAGGGAAUACUAGUGGAAUAAUAAUAAUAAUAAAUAUAGCUGCAAGCAGUGGCUUUCGGAAAACAAUGCAAGGUGGACACAUGCAUUUGGUAUUUGACAUUAUUCUGAACAAUUUAGAAGCAAUUUGGUUAAAUAUGAGAGGACUAUUUUGAAGUCUACUGUAAGAGCCAUACUUCCUGCUGCCAAGUGGAUCCUAUGACCGUGACCCAAAAUAGUCACAUCCAUGUGAUUAGCCCCCAAGACUAAACAUACAUCUAAAUUUUGAUCUAAAUCACAUAUUGCACACAGAAGAUAUGAGACACUUCUCGUUUCCCAUUUUUCACCAUUAACUUAAUUCCUCGCCAUGGCAACACCAUUCGAAGUAUCAAAAAUCUGUUCACAAUUUAGCAUCUUCAAUGUCUUGGCAUAAUAUUGUCUAAAUAUGGUGACAGUCUCAUAAAUCCCCUAGGAGGAGUAUUUAAAAGUUCAGAGACUGCAAUAUUCAAAAAAUCCAAAAUGGCUGACUUCCUGUUGGGCAGAGCCAAUAAUUAUAAUUCUGAAAGUUGUCCAGCUUGAUGAGAACUAUAUAUGUACCAAUUUUGGUGACUGUAGGUGAAAAUGGGGGUGCUACAGAGGCUGUCUUACAUGCUCAUUUUAAACCUGCUAACUGUCACUUGCCAACAUGUGGGCCGUUUGAUUGUGGCUAUAAAACAAAUACUUUGUUUUAUAUCAAAAACUUCAUCAAUGUUCACAAACUUGGUAUCAAAUUAAAGCUUAAAAACUCAACUUUCAUCUUCUGCAGUCUAUUUUGCAAUUAGAACAUUACAGUGAAAACAUUUUAAAAUGUUAAAAGAGUGCAUUUUUAAAACAUGCAACAUGUGAGCGACAGUACUUAUAUUUCAUGUUCUCUGCUUAUGAUCCAAUCCAAUGACUGAAGAAAAAACAACAUGCAUUUCAUUGUGAGGGUCCACUAAUGAAAAUGCAACAACCACAUCAGAUUGAUUAAGUUACAUUAUUACCUUCUAGAUGAAGUUCUGUUCAUAUUUUUGCAUCUGUGAUUAUUUGGCAGCUUUGAUCAGCUGAAAUGUCCGCUAACAUUAUGCCAAAUGUUUUUAAUGGAAGUGUAUUAUACAGGAUAAGCUUUUAUGUAAAUAUGUUUGAUGCUAUUUGUUAAAAUAAAUUUAUAAAUAAUAUAAAUGUGA